CGACACCACUACAGAUCAAACACGGUUCAAUCCGUCCCAUCUCUUCCCUAGUUGAUUUGUCAAUCCACCACAAGCCCGCCAGUAACAGGAAAAACAAAAAUUUACACAUUUUGGCGCCCGUUCCGUUGAACUAUACUGGUUGGCUGGCAACUGGCGAUUGGCAAUUGGCAUCUGGUCACCCACUGACGACUGAAUACUGGCUACUAUCCACUGAUUACUGGUUCCUGCACUUCACCAAAAAGGGCGUCGUUGAAGAGAAUCCGACAGGUUCAUACCUUUGAAUCUCCCCAGGUCAUCUUAAAACACGACGAGUCUACGAGGGCAAGAGCUUCAUACCCACAAUUGCCGGUGUCUCCGAUAAGAAUCGAAACACAAAAUAAAAUAUCCAUUUCAUAAUCUCAAGUACUCAAUCUCAAUCUCAAUCACGAUUAACCAAAUAUCUUGUCAAUCAAUCGACCAAAGGAGAAGAAUACUUCCAUCGGCAAUCAUGUUAUCCGAACGAUUCAUCUCAUCCAUUCGAGCUCAGCCAAGAACUGCGAAUACUGCCAUUGCAAAAGAUAUCGGGAUUUACAUUCAUACACUACAUCCUUCCCCGAAAAUCGAAUCAAAUUUCAAGAAAAGUUCAACUGCAGUUAAUGCCCUCGCGGCAAAUUCAACUCAUGUUUUCGCGGCACAAGCUGAUAAGGCGGUUGUUCAUGUUUAUUCAAGGGAACGCGGAAAUCAAGAAGCUUUAAUUUCUUUUCCGGAAAGGUUACACACUUUAACUUUGGUCGGCGAUGAUCUUCUAGUACUGGGUACAGCCGAAGGGCGGGUCAUACUAUGGGAGGUCUGUACAGGUAGACAAGUCUCAACAUCAGCUGCACAUUUACAACCGGUUUCAUGUAUGGCCUCAACUUCAACACACAUCAUUACGGGUUCAGAAGAUUCAAAUCUCCACGUUUGGUCAAUUCCACAACUUUUAUCAUUACAUACAAAUACGAAUGAACCGCAUGAGCCAAUUCGAACCUUGUCCAACCAUCGAGCCGCCAUAACUUCCGUCGUCAUGGGUCAUAGUUCCAGCACAUCAAAUAUAUGCAUAUCUGCGAGUCAGGACAAUUCAAUAAUUGUUUGGAAUUAUCACACGGGUGAUCUUCUAAGAACAUUCCUCCUCCCAUCAACUCCAUUAUGCAUGGCUCUGGACCCAUGCGAUCGAGCUGUUUAUACGGGUUUCGAAGACGGUUCAUUACAAAUGAUUGAGCUCAUUCAACCAAAUUCAGCAAUCAAUCCAUUAUAUGAUACCCGUCUACAAAAUAGCCCAGUCCAAGUUAACUCGCCGGUUUGGUCCCCGCCAUCAGAUAAUCUCGGUGCGGUACAUUGUUUAGGGCUGAGUUAUGAUGGAACAAGUUUGUUUUCGGGACAUUCUUCUGGAAAGAUUGCCCACUGGGAUACUGGAAGACGUGCUUUCUUAGUAGAACUUUCGGAUUUGAAUGCUCCCGUAACAAACCUUGUUAUGCAAUCUCCUUUCCCCAAGACACCAAAGACAAAAUCAAUAAACGUAGUUAAGCCUAAAUUGGCCGAGGGUAAUUAUGCAUUCACAGCUCAAUUGAAUGGUACCAAGAAGUCAACGACGUUUGAUCAAGCCAUGAAGUAUCAAGGAUUUCCUAAGGGUAUGCUAGAGAAAGCACUGCUUGAUUUUGCUCAACCUCAAAUUACAGCUACAUCUUCGUCUUCAUCUUCGUCCUCCAGCGAGGAAGAAAAGAUGCGACAAGAAAACGCGGAAUUAUGGAAGGUUAUCAAUGAGCAACGUGCUCUUCAGAAGAAAACCUUUGAGAAGUAUUCCGAAUUAAAAACUGGUGGUGUUUGAACUAUGAAUCUUGAUUGUUUCAAAAUUCAUUACUUUUAGUGGUUUGAAGUCCGUGUUGUUGUUACAAGCUUUUAGUAUCCACUGAUCUCGAACUCACCACGUCAGCUUAUUGGUACAAUGAAUUGUUGAUACAAGAAGAGAAUCCACUAUCUCAUCAAUUCAUUCCAUCUCUGGUAACAAUCAUUUCGCAAGCUCUACCUCUGAUCAUUAUUAGAUCCGUGCAAGUCAAUGGUUUGAUCUUGACCACGAAGAUAUCCUCACAUCAGCCUCAUCCAAGACCUUGGAUCUCUUGGAUCUCAAGAAAUUUGGUGCAUUGCACGUGUAAGACAUGGUUACUACGAGAAAGUCGGAAACCAUUUUCGUAUGGAAUUUUACCAACUAUUCGUCCAUGUUGAAAGUCUGAGCUUUUGCUUGUCUUUUUAUUGGUCUUGAGCUUUCUGUUCAAAACUUCAAAUCCAUAUUACAUCGUCAAAAGGGUCGCUUCAUAUCCGUGAAAGCCUUAUAUGAUGUGGGUAUGGCAUAUAGUGCGCAAGAGCUUAAUCACUUGGUUUGUAUCUAUAAUCAGAACAAUGCACUUUCGAUAUGGUUAUCGAAUUCAUCUAUAGUUUCAGUACCCGGGGUUUUUAGCCAAUGCAAACACUAGCGU